CCACCGGUGCCUGUGCCCUGUGCCUGCCCGCUCAAGUGGGGCAAGGACCAGGCCAGAUCGCCACCUGCCAGCAUGCAGUCCUCUCUGGGGGGCUUGCAGAGGUGCUUCUGGACCGUGCUCCUCCUCCUCGCCCUGGCUAUGCUCCUGCUGGCUGGCAUCAUGCACGUGGACGUCGGGCUGCUCAUGCCCCAACUCGGGGACCAGGCUGAUGGGCCUCCCGUCACCAACGUCAUGUUUCUUAAGACGCACAAGACGGCCAGCAGCACGGUGCUCAACAUCCUCUUCCGCUUCGCCGAGACGCACAACCUGUCGGCGGCGCUGCCCGCCGGCGGCCGCUUCCACCUCGGUUACCCCUGGCUCUUCUUGGCGCGCUACGUGGAGGGCGCAGAGCAGGGCGGGCCCGGGCGGCGCUUCAACAUCAUGUGCAAUCACCUGAGGUUCAACCCGCCAGAGGUGCAGAAAGUCAUGCACAACGACACCUUCUACUUUUCCAUCCUCAGAAACCCUGUUUUCCAGCUGGAGUCCUCCUUCGUCUACUACAAGAGCCACGUCCCCGCCUUCAGGAACGUCUCCAGCCUGGAUGCCUUCUUGGCCUCGCCGUGGACCUACUACAACCAGAGCUUGGGCCUGAGCAACGCCCACGCCCGGAACAGCAUGUGGUUCGACCUGGGUUUCGACAAUGACGCGCCGCCCGAGGAGGGCUACGUGCGCGCGCGCCUGCUCGACGUGGAGCAGCGCUUUCAGCUGCUGCUCAUUGCCGAGCAUUUCGACGAGUCCAUGGUGCUGCUCCGGCGCCUGCUGCGCUGGCGGCUGGACGACGUGGUGGCCUUCAGGCUCAACUCGCGCAGCCAGCACAGUGUCACCACCUUGUCGCCCGCAGGCCAGGAGCGCGCCAAGCACUGGUGCGCCCUGGACUGGCGCCUCUACCAGCACUUCAACCGCACCUUCUGGGCCCGGCUGCGCGCAGAGCUGAGCCCGCGGCGUCUGCGCUCCGAGGUGGCUCAGCUGCGCGAGCGGCGGCGCGAGCUGGCCGCCCUGUGUCUGCAGGACAGCGAGCCCAAGAACCAGUCGCAGAUCACCGAUUUCCGACUGUGCCCCUACCAGUCGGGCAGGGCCGACAUCCUGGGCUACAACCUCAGGCCGGGCCUGGACAACCAGACGCUGCAGAUGUGUCAGCGGAUGGUUAUGCCUGAGCUCCAGUACAUGGCCCACCUGUACACCCUGCAGUUCCCCGACAAACCCCCCAAGAACAUCGCCUUCCUGGGGGCCUAGAGGGAUGGCACCGGGGACUCUGGCUGGGCCCUCUCCUGUUGUCUCUGGAAAGCCCUAGGUGCUGUCUCAGGCUCCGAGGGGUCUUCUGGGGGCACCUGGGGUACCCAGGCCCUGCCAGACCACCAGUCCUCAGGGUGAAGACACCAGUGAAGAGACCACCUGUGAUCCAUCCUCUCGGAGGUGACCUCUCCACUGAGGACCCGAAAUAUAGGACACCCGCGCACCUGGACUGAGGAUGUGAGCCUGCUCAUCAGAUUCAUCAGAUAGAAGCGUCUUAUGAGGUGGGAAAGUGAGGGAUCUUCCAUCAGAAGAAAGGAAUCUGGAGCUCAGAGUGGCUCUCCUACUUUGCCAGCCAUGGGGACAUGGCCCUGGUCCCUGAGACACUGUCAGCACCCCACACUCUGGAGGUGGGCUUGGGGACCUGGGUUUGAAAGGGUCUGGAAUGCUCAGUUUCCUAUCUUUGGCUGUAUGAGCCUUAUUUUCAACUGAAGAACUAACGGUUUUGGAUUGAGAAAUGUUACAACUGCUUACAAGGCAAAUGAUUUAGCCGGAGCACAUGUUGAAGGCCUGUGCUGCAGCUCUGAGCUGCAACAAACCGCCCCCAAAAGAUGCGUGGAGGAGGAGACCUGCCGGAGAGCUGGGAGGGGACUGCUGUACCCUUGGUUGCCGUGAAGACGGCACUGGAUGAAGCCCGAGGAGGGUGGCUUCCAGGCCCCCCUUCUUGUGGUUUGUGUGGAGGGAGUGAGGAUGCCUGCCUGGCAGAACAUGAUCCCUGGCUGCUUGGGGGCCCAGUGGUUAGUGGGGUGCACACACCCAGAACCAUGUGCCCUAUGCCUGAGAAAAGUGGGCUACCUGGAACACCCAAGAAACAGAGCUGCUUUUUCACACUCAGCUGAGACGCUCAGCCUGGCCUGUCUGUCUGGCUCUGGGGUCCCCUUUCUUCCACGUGGGGCCCUCAGCCCUGAGGACCCCGGCACCUGCUCAGGUGCUCCUGGGUCCAGACAUGUCCACACUUUUCAGGGGAAUCAGCACUUCAAAGAGAAGGGGAACUCUCACCCUCAGAACAGGCAGCAGCUCACUUGGACACAAUUUAAUGGAGAGACUUUAUGAAGAAUGAAUUUUCAGUAAGAAUAUGGGAUAUACUGCAGCAAAUUUGAGAAUAAAUGACAAUAUUUAGAAACAGAAAAAAAUGAACAGAGUCCAUGCAGGAUGGACCAGAUAUCCAGGUCGGCAGGAGACCCCCCCCACCCUCCCCCGCCCCCUGGGAGGUUCCUCCAUCCUCCACCCAGAGGAAAAUGCAAAGAGGGAAAUUGCAAGGGAGAGAGGAGACAGGGAAUCAGAUCCCAGAUGAGCCAACCUGACAGGAGUCCGGGAGGGGUGUAUGGGCCAUGGAUGAGAGUCGAUAGCCAAACGAAGAAUGGGGAAAUGACCCUGAUUUAAAGAAAGCCUCGAGCUUCCCUGGUGGUCCAGUGGUAAAACCUGCCAAUUUAGGAGAUGCAGGUUCGAUCCCUGACCCAGGAGGGUCCCACAUGCCACAGGACAACUAAACCCGGGCACUACAACUACCGAGCCUGUGCUCUAGAGUGUGGGGGCUGCAACGACAGAGCUUCCGAGCCCCGGCCACUAAAGCCUGCAGGUCCCCACACCUGUGCUCUGCAACCAGCAGAGCCACUGCGAUGGGAAACCCGUGCACUGCAAUUAGAGAGUAGCUCCUGCGGCAGUGAAGACCCAGCACAGACAAACAUAAAUAAAUAAUAAAUAAAAAUAGACAUUAAAAAAGAUCCAGUGCAGCCAAAAUUAAAUAAACUAAAAUAAAAAUAAAGACUCAAAUCCUAUCACUGCCCUGAGCCUCAGGUGAAUCUGCCAACCGCCAGAGAAAACACAAUGCCUGCUCAGCUGAUGUGAAGAAGCGAGGGGAUCCAGGAUGAGCAGGAAGCGUGGAGGCCUCUUUAUACCGAGCGAGCGGGCUGUCUCUGCCAGCCGGUGUCAGACCGUCACUGCUGCCCACAGGGCUGGGACCGUGCAAGUGGGCUGUUCUCAGCUGCAUGGUAACCAAGAGCGCGAAACUGCCAUGGAGAUUCAGUGGCGGUUACUCUGGUCUUUGAGGUUGGCAGGAGCGUCAACCAGCACUGUCUUUUUGGAGGGAAAAUUGGGGAUAUUUAUCACAAGGUAAAGUGCAUGUGGUUCGUAACAGACAACUUUGAAAACAAUCUGUCUGCUUGUCUGUCCAGAAGAGUGUUUAACGUGCAGAGUCCGAUGCGGCCAAUAAAGCUGGAGGCCCGGACUCUGUGGGUCUCCUUUCUGGA